CUUUCCUUCUGCACAGCUUUGAAACAGCCGACGUCAUUUCUCUCGCACUGUUUGACUUGCUUCCUUUUGUUCUAGGCUUCUUAAGGCCUACGAACCACUGUGAAGCAGUUUGCAUUUGUGGGCGUGCUCGUUUUUUGUCAGUCCACUUUGCAGCUGUAGCGCGACACUCCCUCUCCAGCGCCCUUCAGCCUAUGCUGGCUUGUGCUUUGGAACUCGACACUGCUAUGGAAUAGGAUUCUGGCGGUUCAGGAGCGUCGCCGUGGAGUUGGCGACAUUUCGCUUGUCGGCAUUUUAACAUCUCGGCGAGCACCACACCUCACCAGCUUGGAGCAGGCGGCGUAUCAACCUUUGUGGUUGGUCAUUUGCAUCCGCGCGUGCAGCAGGGUGCUUUGGGUGUGGCGGUCGGGGGAGCCCUGCAGCACUUGGCUGUUCUUUUGGGGUGUGGCUCGUCUUUGUGCCCUUGUUGCCUGGCGCCUGGCUGCCCUGCGCCCGCCCUGCUGCGAUGCCCUACUUGGCAGCGGACCGCACCCCUGCAGGUGGGGGCAGCACUGCCAGCCCGUUCUUCAGCCCCGGGCUGCAGCUCCACCUUGCCCUGUCCACGCAUAGCCUGGCGCACGGCGUGCAGGACCUGACGACGCAGCCUCAGGGCCCCAGCCUGCCUACCUACCCAGUCCUUCUGGUGGGUGCCACCACGGGGCUCGCAGAGGGCGAGCAGCUGUCCUCAGCUGGCGUCCGGGAGGUGACCAGUGCUGCCCUGUCAGUGCUGGACACCAUGUGCAGGCGUGCAGGAGUGGCCGGCUUGGGCGUGGCCGGAUGCGUGUAGCCCUUGGCGCCGCCACGCUUGCUCGCCCAAGGGUCCACCAGACUGAAGUGGGCGAGGAGGCUGGCAAGUUGCGGGGCACCUUUUUUUUUGUAGGAAUCAUCCUUACAAGGUUGAA